UUUUUAGGUCUGCAAAUGGAAGCAACAACCAUUCCAGAGAUCAUAGUAGAAUGUGCAUUACCAGUUGACAACGUUGACCAGGCCACAGAGCAGUCUUUGAUAGAGGCGAAAGCUGAGGAGGAGGUAGAUUAUGAAGAUUCUGGGCAGGCACGUCCCUAUGUUCUCUACGUUGGCAACCUGAACCCCAAGUAUUCCCGCGAAGUUCUCUGCAGCAUGCUCAAGGACAUCUUGGGCAUGGCUAGCGUCAUCCUCCAGAGACACAACAUCGAAGUGGUAAAGAAACGCAGGCAAGCCUAUGCCUUUGUCCAGGUAGCCACAGACUCCAGCUUGGAGCAUGUCAUAAAGCAGCUGCUACUUGCCUCUGAGACAGAGUCGGAGCUUACCAAGGAGCUGGUGAAGAAAGGGAAGAAUCUCAUUGUGGGACAUGGCAAGACGUUUGCAUUUCAUGCCAAAGGUAACAGAGAGAGUGACUCUGUUGGCAGCAGCUCAGAAACUUUUCUGGAAGGGCAAGGGUAUGAGAGAAGCAGGAAGUUGAUUCUAAACGAACACCAUCUCAACCGCAUCAGAAAGUUUCCUCACUACUCCUGUAUGGCAGAACGGCCGGAGGCCUUUCUGAGCGGCACCCGCUCAGACAGUGCCAUUGUCCAGAGAGCGAUCGUAGGGAAAGAGUGCCUAUUCUAUGGAGCUUCCAUGGGCAGCGAAACCCGGAACGUGGAAUUCAAACGUGGAAGUGGGGAAUAUCUGGCAGGUACCCUAAAACAUCAUGUGCGGAAGUAUAUGUGUGCAUUUCUCAACAGUGAAGGUGGCAGCCUUUUUGUGGGGGUUGAGGAUAACGGCAUGGUACGUGGAGUCAGGUGUGACCACAAAGAUGAAGACAGGAUCCGGCUGCUCAUAGAUGCUCUUUUGAAAGGCUUCAAACCGCAGGUUUUCCCAUCGGACUACACACUGAGCUUCAUCCCAGUUAUCAAAGCCGAAGACACUGGCAUCUUCCUGAAAGUUAUUCGACUAAGUGUUCAUCCUCCAAAGCAGAACAUGCCUCUCCUUUAUGAAACAGACCAAGGGGAAGUAUACAUGCGACGAGAAGAAAUGGACAGAGGAGAUCAAGAAGUUGGAGGUGAAAGUAGAGAGCUUGCUGAAGGAGAAGGAAGCCUUCCAACAACAAAAUACCAGCAAUGCUACCUGCUGUUUUUUCAGGUGACAGCUAAACACCACCACAAGCCAACCAGUUACAAAACCUGCACACAAAGGAAAUGUAGCCCAAUAAAGAGCUUGCGUCUAACAGGUAUCUUGUAUUUGUAGGUGGUUUGCAGGAAGAAUUCUGGAGCCAUGACUGGGUCUUAUUCCUAAGUUGGGUACCUUCUUCAAGGCUACUGGAGAGCAUUAUUCUCCCUUGGCAUCAAGACAGCACAUUAACAUUUUAACUCUGAAUGGCACCACUGGAUUUUGCUUCCUAUGGAAAAAUGCCAUACAUGGUGGUAAAGCUAUGAAAAAGUGGGAGGGAAAAUUUGUGUAUUAGCAAUCUCUAUAGAUAAUUAGCCCUUGCUUUCCAAAACAGCAUUUUUCUUCAACUACUUAUCCAGGAAGUUGCUGACGUAACCCAUUAGCAGGAAGGAGAAUCAGGUAUGAAGCAGACACCAUCUUACAGCAAGAUGGUGAAGGGGGGCGAGUGUAAAACGAGUCAAGUUUGAUAGAUAACCAGAACAGACACACAGAUGGUGUUCCCCAAGUUUUAUUAAACUCAGAAGUGUUUAGA